ACUCCCGGAAGCAGAUUGCGCCAGGGAAGGGCCUCAUCGCUGUGUGUUUCAGUCUACGUGGGUUAAACAUUGCUUCGCUCCGUUUGCUUGGAUUAAACGUGCACUUUGCAGUCCUCACUUCUCCAUACCAGUGAUCUGGGGAUCGCCACGGACGUUAAAAUACCCAUAGCCCCUUCGCCCCUGCAACAGCCACUUCUCCCCACGUUUGAUGUGUGAAUAAUUACAUUGACUGAGAAAGAAACCCAGAAGAGGAAGAAGAGGGAAGAAACAGAGUCAGUGAUGGCUACUCAGGGACCUUUGACAUUCAAGGAUGUAGCCAUAGAAUUCUCUCAGGAGGAGUGGAAAUGCCUGGAGCCUGUGCAGAAAGCUUUGUACAAGGAUGUGAUGCUGGAGAACUAUAGGAACCUGGUCUUCCUAGGUAUCUCUCCUAAAUGUGUGAUCAAGGAAUUACCACCAACAGAGAACAGUGAUACAGGAGAAAGGUUCCAAACAGUGACACUGGAAAGACAUCAAAGCUAUGAUAUUGAAAAUUUAUACUUCAGGGAAAUACAGAAACAUCUACAUGACCUUGAAUUUCAAUGGAAAGACAGUGAAACAAAUGAUAAAGAAGUGCCAGUACCCCAUGAAAACAAUCUUACUGGUAAAAGAGAUCAACAUAGUCAAGGGGAUGUAGAAAACAAUCAUACUGAAAACCAGCUUACAUCAAGCUUUCAGUCACGUCUGGCUGAACUGCAGAAAGUUCAAACUGAAGGAAGGCUUUAUGAAUGUAAUGAAACGGAGAAGACAGGUAAUAACGGUUGUUUAGUUUCUCCACACAUUAGGGAAAAACCUUAUGUAUGUAAUGAGUGUGGCAAAGCCUUUAAAGCAGCUUCCAGCCUUAUUAAUCAUCAGAGGAUACAUACUACAGAGAAACCUUACAAAUGCAGUGAGUGUGGCAAAGCCUUUCAUCGGGCCUCACUACUAACUGUACAUAAGGUAGUCCAUACAAGAGGGAAAUCAUAUCAAUGUGAUGUAUGUGGCAAGAUCUUCAGAAAAAAUUCAUAUUUUGUAAGACACCAAAGGAGUCACACUGGACAGAAACCCUACAUAUGUAAUGAAUGUGGCAAGUCCUUUAGUAAAAGUUCCCACCUUGCAGUUCAUCAGAGAAUUCAUACCGGUGAAAAACCUUACAAAUGUAAUCUGUGUGGGAAAUCCUUUAGUCAGCGUGUCCAUCUUAGACUUCAUCAGACAGUUCAUACUGGAGAGAGACCCUUCAAAUGCAAUGAGUGUGGCAAAACCUUUAAACGGAGCUCAAACCUUACUGUACAUCAGGUAAUCCAUGCAGGAAAGAAACCAUAUAAAUGUGAUGUAUGUGGCAAGGCAUUCAGACAUAGAUCAAAUCUUGUAUGUCACCGGAGAAUCCACAGUGGAGAGAAACAAUACAAAUGCAAUGAAUGUGGCAAGGUCUUCAGUAAACGUUCAAGUCUUGCAGUGCAUCGACGAAUUCACACUGUAGAGAAACCUUGCAAAUGCAAUGAAUGUGGCAAGGUCUUCAGUAAACGUUCAAGUCUUGCAGUGCAUCAGAGAAUUCAUACUGGACAGAAAACUUACAAAUGCAAUAAAUGUGGCAAGGUCUACAGUAAGCAUUCACGUCUUGCAGUGCAUUGGAGAAUUCACACCGGCGAGAAAGCUUAUAAAUGCAAUGAAUGUGGCAAAGUUUUCAGCAUACAUUCACGACUUGCAGCGCAUCAGAGAAUUCAUACUGGAGAGAAACCUUACAAAUGCAAUGAAUGUGGCAAGGUCUUCAGUCAGCAUUCACGUCUUGCAGUGCAUCGGAGGAUUCAUACUGGAGAGAAACCUUACAAAUGCAAAGAAUGUGGCAAGGUCUUCAGUGACCGUUCAGCUUUUGCAAGGCAUCGGAGAAUUCAUACUGGAGAGAAGCCUUACAAAUGCAAAGAAUGUGGCAAGGUCUUCAGUCAAUGUUCACGUCUUACAGUGCAUCGGAGAAUUCAUAGUGGAGAGAAACCUUACAAAUGCAAUGAAUGCGGCAAGGUCUACAGUCAAUAUUCACAUCUUGUAGGGCAUCGAAGAGUUCAUACUGGAGAGAAACCAUACAAAUGCAGUGAAUGUGGCAAAGCCUUUAAUCAGGGCUCCACACUCAAUAGACAUCAGAGAAUUCAUACCGGAGAGAAACCUUACAAAUGUAAUCAGUGUGGGAAUUCCUUUAGUCAGCGUGUCCAUCUUAGACUUCAUCAGACUGUUCAUACUGGAGACAGACCUUAUAAAUGUAGUGAGUGUGGCAAAACCUUUAAACGGAGCUCAAACCUCACUGCACAUCAGAUAAUUCAUGCAGGAAAGAAACCAUAUAAAUGUGAUGAAUGUGGCAAGGUAUUCAGGCAUAGUUCACAUCUUGUAAGUCACCAGAGAAUCCACACUGGAGAGAAAAGAUACAAAUGUAUUGAAUGUGGCAAAGCCUUUGGGCGGUUGUUUUCCCUCAACAAACACCAAAGAAUUCAUUCUGGCAAAAAACCUUAUAAAUGUAAUGAGUGUGGGAAAUCUUUUAUUUGUCGCUCAGGCCUCACUAAACAUCGAAUAAGACAUACUGGAGAGAACCUUACAACUAAAGUCAAUGUGACAAGGCCUUAGACGUUGUCCUAGUUUCUGGAAUCACCGAAUAAUUCAUACUUACUGAUAUACCUUGUAUAUUUACCCCUUCUCUUGAAAUCCCUGUGGAAUUGUAAUCUCCAGUAUUGGAGGUGGGGCCCAUUGGGAGGUGAUUGGAUCAUGGAAGCGGAUUUCUCAAAUUGAGAAAGAUUUAGCAUCAUCCCCUUGGUGUUGUCCUGGCAAUAGUGACUUCUCUUGAGGUCUGGCUGUUUAAAAGUGCAUAGCACUUCCCUGUUGCUUGCUUUCAUUCUCACCAUGUGAAAUACCUACACCCCCUUUGCCUUCCACCAUGAUUUUAACCUUCCUGAGGCUUCCCUAGAGGGUGAUCAGAUGCGAACACCAUGUUUCCAUUUAAGCCUUCAGAAGUGUGAGCCAAUUAAACUCUUCUUUAUACAUUA